AUGAAGAGACGUAUGACCAGCGGUGACCGCUGGGCGGGUGACAACGGUCUUGGGGAUCCGGCGACGCCAGCCACCGCGCGCAUACACAUGCGUGUGAAACGACACUCGUUAGCAAGGAGUGAUAAUGAGUUUCGAGGGAACACGUCGAGUCAGAAAGACAAUUGUUCUGGGGGGGGCUGCGCGACCGUCGCUAUGUCCCAAACACCACCUCGUAUCCUCUGUCCAAAUCUAGCGUUCGCUAACUGGUUUCCGAUUUGCCACUGCCACCACAGCGCUGUGUUCGUCGCGCUCUGUUCACUGCUAAUCGAACCGACUGACUGGUCGAACAGUACUCUAACGCCGCCGCUCAUCGACGCGGGUGCCCCUACCGUCCGCUGA